AUGCAGGCGCAAACUUCCGAGACCCACCCGCGAAGAAGCGUGUUUUGGGUGAGCAAUGUUCAUUGCUCGUCUUGUGUCUCCUACAUCACCGAAGUUCUCUCUGAAAUUCCUACCGUGGCGGAUAUUGAUGUCUCGAUCCUGACACACGAAGUCCGCGUCUCCCAUGGUCCCUCGGCGCAUCCAGCAGACCUUGUUGUCGCCCUCAUUCAGGCUGCCUUUGAAGUAUACCAUGCCACAACCUUUGAUGAGCGUGGUUCAAUCGUUUCAGAGCUUGACACCACUUCAUGGAAUCACCGGAGCUCACAUGUAUUUUCCACGCCCCGAACAUCUUAUUCCAGCAUCUCUUCCAACAUUAAGGAGCGACUACAUUCAAGCAGAGAAAAACGACACAUUGCCAACUGUGAGGCCUGCCAAAAGGAAGAGGCCGAUAACAUUUCUUUGUAUUCCACCCAGGCCGAGCCAUUUCCUGAAAAAUACCCCCAUGAUAUCGCAGAGGAAACAGACAUCGAAGCUUCUUGCUCAUCAAGCCCACGGGAUGUUGCCUACACGUCACCACCAAGAGAGAUCAGUGAUGAUGAUCACACCCCUAAAACCUUCCAAUCACCACCGACAACCGAUGAAUUUAACGCCCGAAUCAGUAUUGGAGGAAUGAGUUGCGCCUCGUGCGCUAAUGGCAUCACUGCUGCGCUCGAGCAGUUGGAUUACGUCAAAGAAAUUCAAGUCAACCUCCUCACGAAUAGUGCGACAGUGGUGUACACUGGCCCUCGGGAUAAUGCUAAUUUAAUCACGGAACAAAUCGAGGACAUUGGCUUUGAUGCCUUUUUGGACGAAGUCAACCCGGUCGCUCAGGAUUUAACCCUAGGACAAGCCCUAAUAUCAUCAGGCUUCGUUACGGAAAUCGCAAUAACCGGAAUGACUUGUGGUUCUUGUGUUGGAGCAGUAACCCGAGGAUUGGAAGAGCUGUCAUUUAUUCGAAAUAUCUCUGUCAACCUUCUGUCACAUAGUGGCAGGAUUGAAUUCGAAGGAGAAGAGAAUCUAGACAAGAUUGUGGAAAAGAUUGAGGAUCUAGGCUAUGAUGCCGUUGUCAACAGUGUCCAUCCCCUGAGCGAGGUCAAGGAUGAAACCAGUUCUCUCCAGCCUAGAGUGGUCUCGAUCCAUGUCGAUGGGAUGUUCUGUCAUCAUUGCCCUGAGAAGGUUCUCUCCGCUAUUAGAUUGCUCCCGGGCGUCACAGUGGAGGGAACUAUUUGCGAGGCCAAGCCGAUUCUCAAAAUCACAUACUUGCCGCAGCCAUCCUUGACGAUUCGCUCAAUAAUCGCUGCCAUUACGGAUGCCAACGGCGCCUUCACCCCUAGCAUCUACCACCCACCAACUAUCGAAGAUCGCUCCCGUGCGAUGCAACUGCAUGAGCGACGCAGACUACUUACUCGUCUGCUAUUUGUUUUUGUUGCUGCUAUUCCUACAUUCCUUAUUGGUAUUGUCUUUAUGUCUCUUGUCCCAUCAGAAAAUUCAGUCCGCAGGUAUCUUGAGCAAACUAUCUGGUCUGGUAGCGUCACUCGCAUCGAAUGGGCACUUUUUAUAAUGUCGACCCCGGUUAUGAUUUAUGGUACCGAUGUCUUUCACACCCGAGCCCUCAAGGAGGUCCACGCUUUGUGGCGCCCUGGAAGCCGAGUGCCGAUCAUGCGGAGAUUCUACCGCUUCGGCAGCAUGAACCUCUUGAUAUCAGCAGGAACGUCGGUCGCAUACUUCUCAUCGCUGGCUGUACUCAUCGUUGACGCUGUUGCGGGAAGUCACAGCAGUGCCCACAGCACGACCUACUUCGACUCUGUUGUUUUCUUGACCUUGUUUAUUCUUUGCGGUCGGUUCUUGGAGGCAUACAGCAAAGCCAAAACAGGAGAUGCAGUUUCCUCAUUGGGGAAACUUCGGCCCUCCGAGGCGCUCCUAGUUGGGAACCAGGUUCUCGAAUCCGCCCAAACCCCCCGACAGUCCAGUUUCAGACCAAAUGACACGAAUGGUGUUGUUGUCGGCGAUGCCUCUUAUCAAUUCGACGAGAGCUCUUUGACCGGAGAAUCCCGUCCUGUCAAGAAAACAGCCGGGGACAACGUUUAUACCGGCUCUGUCAAUGUGGGCCAGCCCGUGCAUAUCAAAAUCACCGAACUUGGAGGGUCGUCUAUGCUCGAUCGAAUCAUUGCCGUUGUACGCGAAGGCCAAAGCAAGCGUGCGCCUCUUGAAAGAGUUGCCGAUAUGCUCACUUCCCAUUUUGUGCCUGUUAUAACUCUCAUCGCCAUACUUACUUUCUUGAUUUGGCUCGCUCUGGGUCAUGCGGGUGUCCUGCCUCAAAAUUAUCUGGACAUUGCUCGUGGUGGCUGGACUUUUUGGAGCCUGGAGUUCGCGAUUGCCGUGUUUGUGGUUGCUUGUCCUUGCGGUCUGGCACUCGCUGCUCCCACUGCGUUGUUUGUCGGGGGUGGUCUCGCUGCAAAGCACGGUAUCCUCGUCAAGGGUGGCGGAGAAGCUUUCCAAGAAGCUAGCCGUCUUGACGCCAUUGUCUUUGAUAAGACUGGUACAUUGACCGAGGGUGGAAGCCUUAAAGUUUCCGACCAUGAAGUUUUGACAAACGAUGGUGGGCUAGUGACGAUCGCAUGGGCACUUGCUCAGAAAAUGGAAGAAAGUAGCAACCAUCCGAUAGCGCAGGCUAUCUCUGCUUUUUGCCAGACUCGGUCAACAGCAACCGUUGAAUCAUCCGAUAUCCAAGAGAUCUCUGGCCAAGGCAUGAAGGGGACUUUCACUGUUUCUACCGCUGCGUCUGGGUCCGUGGAGAAAUAUGAAGCUGCCAUCGGUAACGAGCGUCUUCUACACAACAUUCUUCCUUCCGAAACUGACACCUACUUUGUGUCGAAUUUGCUGUCAAAGUUCCAGUCCGCAUGCAAGUCAACUGCUAUCCUCUCCGUACGCCGCAUCGACUCGGAUUCUGCAGAGGCAUCUACAUUUAUCCCCGCAAUUGUUUUCGCAACCUCGGACACCAUUCGACCAGAAGCCAUUGAAGUUAUCUCCAAACUCAAUGAUCGCCAUGUUGAGGUCUUCAUGUGCACAGGCGACAACCAAACAACCGCCCACGCGGUUGCCGAUAUGCUGGGAAUCCCACGUUCCAACGUCAUGGCCAACGUCCUGCCAGCAGAGAAGGCGGCUUUCGUCCGCCAGGUCCAAGAAGGGUCAGUGAAGACAUUGUCUGCCGGAACCGAAGCCAAGGUAUCAAAGAAUUCGAAGGCAACUCGGCCUAUUGUCGCCUUCGUUGGAGACGGUGUAAAUGAUUCUCCGGCCCUUGCUGCCGCGGACGUGAGCAUUGCUAUGGCCUCAGGCUCCGACGUCGCCAUCAACUCUGCCAGCUUCAUUCUCCUGAACUCGGAUCUGAGCACCAUCCUGCAGCUAGUUCUUCUCAGUCGACGUGUAUUCAAUCGCGUUAGAAUGAAUUUUGGCUGGGCUGUUAUCUAUAACUUGUGUCUUGUCCCGGUCGCCGCGGGUGUUUUUUACCCUAUCGUCAGCGGUCAUCAUGAGAAGAUGAUCGGACAUGAAACAAUUACUGUUAAUGAACACUGGAGACUGAGUCCUGUGUGGGCUGCCCUAGCCAUGGCUCUCAGCAGUAUCUCUGUUGUUACCAGUAGCCUGGCGCUCAGGAUUGAUGGGCAGACUAUUCGGAGGCUUUUCAGCCGCAAGAAGUAA